CUGUCAGAAACAGGGCUUAAAGCAAAAACAACAGUCUGCCCUUCACGUCUUGGUGCAGAGGAGUAACCUGUCAACAUGUGGGCCCGUCUGUGGGCCUGAGAGUGUGUGUGUGUGUGCGUUGUGGGCGCGUGUGUGUGUUGUGGGCCGGGUCAUGAGACUACAGGGGUGUGUGUUCUCCUCCUUCAGUAAACUCGCAGCUGGAUUUCUCUCUUCAGCAUCCAGCAGGAGGAAACACGUGUGUCUGCUCUCUCAGUCCGCUAACAUUAUGGCAGAGGAGGCGAAGAAACUGGCCGCUUAUGCUGCUGUGGAUAACCACGUUCAGAACAACCAAGUGGUUGGAGUGGGCAGUGGAUCAACCAUCGUCUAUGCUGUGGACAGGCUAGCUGAGAGAGUGCGUGAGGAGAAGCUGAACAUCGUGUGUGUGCCCACCUCCUUCCAGGCUCGUCAGCUGAUCCUGCAGCACGGCCUCACACUGUCGGAUCUGGACAGGCACCCAGAGCUGGACGUGGCGAUAGACGGAGCAGACGAGGUGGACGCAGAGCUGACGCUGAUAAAAGGUGGAGGCGGCUGCCUGACUCAGGAGAAGAUCGUAGCCGGCUGUGCUAAACAUUUCGUCGUCAUCGCAGACUACAGGAAGGACUCCAAGGCUCUGGGCCAGCAGUGGAAGAAGGGAGUUCCCAUCGAGGUGAUCCCCAUGGCGUACGUCCCCGUGUCCAGGGCGAUAGCCAAGCGCUUCGGAGGGGAGGCCAACUUGCGGAUGGCUGUCAGUAAAGCGGGUCCUGUGGUCACUGACAACAGUAACUUCAUCCUGGACUGGAAGUUUGAGCGCGCUGAGAACUGGAAGGAAGUGAACACGGCGAUCAAGAUGAUCCCAGGUGUGGUGGAGACGGGGCUUUUCGUCGGCAUGGCGGAACGAGCGUACUUUGGGAUGGAGGAUGGAACCGUGCAGGUGCGAGACCCUUCAGUCAACUGAGGGGUUUGAUCACUUUCACUGUCGACCCUCCGCUAGAACGACCUCACUUACCCACAAGUGCCGUGGUUAUGAUUUAGAGCCGCUCUCAGUGUUUGGACAGAGCUGCUCCUCCUGCAGAACUGGACUAAACUUUCUCACACACACACACACACACACACACCCCUCAGAACACUUGGUCUUUCUCAUCCAGCAAGCGGUGCUUCUGACACUGUGAGCUUUAAAGUGCCUGAUGAGUCAAAUCAAGUGCUUCUGAUUAUUGAUGAUAUGUUUUUUGUGUGGCCUUCUAUUGACUCUUCCUGUAAUGAACGUGUUUGACUGGAUGUCUGCAGAGCUGAUGUGAAUCAUUGCACCUCUGCAAAAUGAAACUACGGUGUGCCUUGAGAUUAUAUUAUAAGUCUUAUUAAAGUAAUUCUGCUCUUAAAGUUGCAUUUAAAAGCUUCUAAUCCUACAUCAAACGAUGUGCCAUCUGCUAGCAUGCAGUAGAUGCAUUGCCAUCAGUCAGAAAGCUGAUAUGCCUUGAAGUCUUUUUGUUUCAUUAGAUCAGAGUAAUAUGAACUCUUACCCACAACAUCGAAAAGUUACACUCUCAUUAAAUGAAUGUCAGUAAUUAAUAUGCUAAUUUGAACCGAAAAAGCUCUAAACAUUAAUGAGCUCUUUGGUAAUUUAGGGACACCCUGUGGUGCAGCUAUGAAGCUUCCAUUAUUUAAUUAUCGUGUUAGCGACACAAUACAGUGUCACCAAAACACAUUAUAACGCAGAGGCAGGCGGUGAUGAAUCUAGAGUGGAUGCCACUUGCUUCUAAACAGACAUUUCAACACAUGGUUUGACAGAUGUAACAAAGAACGGGUACUCUAUAAGUAGAAGAUGUCAAAGGGCAGGGAACCUCUGCACAGAAAAGGUGAAAAACCACCAACCAAAGGACAACGUGAAUUCACCUCUUUUAUUUUCAAGGCAUGCACUUCCUGUUUAUUCUCUGGAACAUGAUUUGUAAAAUGACAGCAGCUUCAACGUUAUUUCCGUGUUUUAGUGUAACUGAAGCUCCUGGUGUGGCAUGUUUCAUUUCAUUUCAUUUGUGACGGUGAUAAAAAUGUGUUAUCAUCUUAGGCAUCCAACUGUACUCACCAAAAUGUUUACAUCAUCCUCUCUAGGAGUUGUACUUAUUUGAGAGUUCUGGACCACUGUGCAGGUUAAACGGCUGUAAAAUAACAUGCACAUUUUUACCUUAAAACAACACCAUUAUGUGACCUGAUAUUCGUUCUUAAAGUUAUGUUUAACAGAGCUGGUUUCAGAUUCUGCCUCUAUGUUUAAAAUGUGUUUAUUUCACUGGUCAGAGUGGUACGUGCUCAUUAUAUGGAAGUUAUUCUCCUUGGCUGUUGAAACGUGUAAUAGCAACUGCUGCCGUGGACUAAUGGUCUGAUUUCCUGAGUGACGAAUGUUUGAGAAAUAGUUGCAGUUCGGUCUGACUUCUAACAGCAUUUACACUUCAGUCGGCAGAGGUAAAGUCUGCAGCCUCUCUGUUAAACAAACACACGCUGAAUGUCCUGGCAUGUACAGUACAUCCCUUCACUCUGUUUGCUCUUCUUGUGCCUGCAUGUCACUGACGUUACAUUUCUUAUGCCUUACAUCAGCCAUCUGCUCACAGGAGGUCUGGUGCCAUCAACUUAAUGUAAAAUAUAGCUAUAGAGGGACGUGCAACAUGUUGAGGUAAUGAUGAUGGGCAGUUAUGAUAUAAAAUGGUCACACAUAAUUAUCAUAGAGCUCAAAUGUAAACCAAUAGCAACAAAAUCACAUUUGAUGUGCCUUGGCACGCCAAAGCAAUAGAACAGCCGGUUGUAUUACGUUAUCGCUAGAUCUAUUGACGUAGCUGAUCAAGUUGUUGGACUAACGGCCAUCUAGAAUCAAUGCUUCAUUUAGUUGAAAAUAAAAAAUACUUUGAAUUUAUUUCAAAAACACUGCUAUCCGCAUUCCCUCAAAAGAUAUUCAGCAGCUUAUCAUUCCUUUUCUUAAAAAUAGAAUGGUGAAGUUGUCUUUCCAAUGAAAAUACUUUACUGUCCAGUACAACCAUCAUUUGUUUGAAAAUUGUGCCAAUUUGUCAUGUUCAUUUCCAUAUGAUGUAUUUUAUUUUGAAAUGCAGCUUUUCACUCUGCUUUUGCCUUACACUUUAUUUUUGUAUGUCAAUGUUUAUGUAUAUACUGCUCUGAGAGAUUUAACAUGAUGUAAUCAGGCAAAGCUACGUGUCUUUAUAGAACUAUGCUUAGGUAUGGGGCAUCAAAAAUGUUAUUCUGGCGUAAUUCUACUCAUCAGUGAAAUGGAUGUGAAUGAAUUUGAGGAUACAUUAACUGAACAGAUAAUCUGUGGCCCAGUUUGGCUCCAAGUUGUACACCAUGUCGGAUAUGUUUGCACCAGCAUUUCUCUUAUUCCUUUACCAAUUGACUGUGAUGAUGAUAUGGCUGUGAAUGUACUAUUUUCUUUGUCAAACAAUACAGAAACAUAAUGAUAACA